AUCGCUGCUCUAGUGGUACAGUCCAAUCGCAGUUAGGAGUUGUUGCUGAGGAGGUUUCAUGGUCCGGCGGACAGACAAACGUGUUCGGUGAAAGACGGAUCUACUUUCAAAAUGUUCCUGCCUUGCCUCAGGAAUUACCCGCUUCAUAAGAGACAGCAUGCUGUAUUUAUUUUUCUUCUGUACAGCUUGACAGGUGUGGGGGGCAGUCAGGUGUUGGUGCCCCAGAAGGUGAGUGCUGUAUUGGGGAAGAACGUGACGUUGGGCUGUAGUGUGGAGGUGGAGGCCAACCUGAGUUUUACCCAGAGUUCCUGGGAGCGCCGGCUGCCCACAGGCUCAGUGACUGUGGCGGUGUACAACCCCGUGUUCGGUAUCUCCAUCCCCCCGGACUACGUUCGCCGCCUGUCCUUCCGCUCACCCUCCUCCCAUGACGCCACCAUCGUACUGGAGGACGUGGGCUUCACAGACAUUGGAGUGUACACCUGCAAGGUGGCCACCUUCCCCCUGGGCAACACACAGGCCUCCACCACUGUCAGCGUGCUUGUGGAGCCCAAGGUGUAUGUGUCGGCUGGCUCGGUGGCUCUGAUCGAUGAGGGCAAUGAGACGGUGGUGGCUACCUGCAUCGCUGAGCGGGCCCUCCCCCCUGCCGAAGUCUCCUGGGAGACGGACCUGUUUGGCCAUUCAGAGGUGACGAUGCAGGACGAGGCCAACGGCACCACCAGCACCCAAGUGCACUACCUGUGGCAGCCGACCCGCCACGUCCAGGGUCAAGCCCUCACCUGUGUGGUGCGCCAUCCUGCCCUGCACACGGACUUUAGGAUCCCCUACCAGCUCAAUGUGGAGUAUGCCCCAGACAUUGUGGUGGUAGGUUAUGAUGGUGACUGGCACGUGGGCCGCGAGAGCGUCCUGCUGACCUGCAAAGCCAAGGCAAACCCACCAGCCCACCACUUCAGAUGGAUCAGACUGGACGGGGACAUGCCAGAGGGGGUGGAGAUACUGAACAGCACGUUGCUGUUUCUGAGGCCCCUCCAAAGGAAUGACUCUGGAGUCUACAGGUGUGAGGUUGCCAAUGCCAUCAACCUACGCAGCAGGGACCUGCGGAUACGCAUACAAGAUCCUCCCACCACCUCCAUGCCCUCCACCACCCCUGCGCCUGUCCUAACUGGCUCUGCCUCCUCCUCCACCUCUGUGGGAGACAAGCAACGGGUCCUCUUCACCUCCCCCACCCUGGCAGCCCUGCCCCCUGCCAACCAACUGGGCACCAUCGUGGGCGGAGCUGUGGGCGGAGCCUUGUUCCUCCUGCUGCUGCUAGUGCUGGGUGGGGUCUGUUACCUCCGACAACGACAGACCUUCCGCGGGGACUACUACACCAAGCAGUACCUAGGGCCUUCAGACAUGCAGAAGGCUCCUCCACAGCACGAGCUCCACCCCUCCAAGCCUGCCAAUAACGUUUUUGUAGACAAGGACCGCGAGGAGUGGGGCGACCGCGAACGCAACCACGAGCGGGACCGCGAGCGCCUCCACCUGCAUCCAACAUCAACAACCAUCAUGAACAGCCACAACCACAGAGAGCCAGAGCGCCAGUCCAAUGGCCGCACGAGGGCAACGAGAAAUGGAGAACACCAUGACCACGACCACCUGCGUAGCUACCCCAGCCCCCACCAGAGUAGCCAUGCCAGAUACACUGCCCCACUACACCCGCUGAGCAACGGUUCCCCCUACUUGUCGGAUGACUGCUAUGACAGUGGGGCCGAGGGGGACUAUGUCUCUCAUAUGGACGGCUCCGUGAUCUCACGCAGGGAGUGGUACGUCUGACCCCACCACCACCACCAGGCACGCUACCCUGCCAACAGACUCUGCCACCAGAGAGAAGAGAGACAACGCUGCAGAAAUCACAGGAGGAUUUCAUACAUUAUUCAACAAAAGAGAAUACUCACACGUUCUGCCUCUCUCUCUCAAGCUGUCAUACAUUUUGGCAUCAUAUCCUUAGUUCCCUCUCUUUUUCAACAUGGUUUGUCAUUUCUCAGUUAUUUUCCCUUGAUUUUGAUCGUCAUCAUGGAAGGUGUGUGGAUUGCCUAGCCAUACUGUGGACAAGCCUUCAUUCUGCACUAGAGGGCAAAUCUGUGUUUACUAGCUAAUGUGGGGAGGGGAGGCUUUCCCCAAAGAAAGAUUAAGUAGGAAGGGAAGAGAGAAAUCAAAAAGGGGAGAGUUUCUGGCACAUACAAUAUUAUUUGGUACAGUACGUGGAUAGCAUGGCUACAAAUCACACAACAUUAUAUUCAGUGUGUGUGUGUGUGUGUGUGUGUGUGUGUGUGUUGACUACCAGUGCCAACUUUGUCGGUAGAUGCUGUCAUUGCAGCAGGAUGCCAUAGGCUAGAACUAAGUCUGCAAUGUUAUGUAUCAGUGUGGUGGUCUGUCUCACUGUCUCAGAUAGUGGUACCAUAAUGAUAACUAAUGAGUUAGAACUGGGUUUUAGUUAACCUUUCUCAUUUUUUCAUGCAGUGAUUUUCAGCCCUAUAUAGAAUAUUAAAAAAAUAUGACAGAUGAGGGGACGGCUGUAUAUUGUAAGAGGAGUUGCAUGCAUUCUGUACGCACCCUCUCCUCUUUAAUUAUUUCUGCUUUAGUAUGCAUUAAUUUAUAAUCUGAAAUGCCCGUAGUAAUAGAAUACAAUUAGUAGACUGCAGGGUUCCGUGUGGCUCAGUUGGUAGAGCAUGAUGCUUACAACGCCAGUGUUGUGGGUUCUAUUCCCACUGGGGACCCGUAUGAAAAUAUAUCCACUCACUACUGUAAGUCACUCUGUAUAAGAUCGUCUGCUAAAUGACAAAACAUGUCAAAUGUAGACUUUAUAUUUAUGGCCGUCUAGAAAACAGUGAAUGGGGCAUAAUAAUUGUUUCAGUUUUGUUAUUUAGUGAAAUUUCCUCUGUUACUCACUGCUCUGGGUUCAGUUAUGUGACCGGUGCCUUAUCCCAGAAGAGUAGUAAAGUAAUUUAAAAAACAAUGAAUGUUAUUUUUACAGACAAGUGCAAGGUCUGUUUGGUCCUCUGAGAGAUUUGUUUGUUGCCUUUGUUUUCUACUUUUUUUUCACUGUUUUGAUUGAGGGAUUAUUUCUGUGCCAUAUCCUCUUUUCUGUUUUCUGUCUCUAAGCCAUGAAGUUUGACGAUAGCAUUAUUUUUGCUCACAUAAUAAAUGACAUUUGCAACGUCUUCAAGUUGCAAUACACCUGAACAAAGCUGAUGUAAGCUAAAUGGGCGAUAAUUUAAUUAUUGCACAGUUCCUAUAUGUCCGUUUUCGGUUAGGGCAGCAUCCUUAAGUGUGCAUGGUAUAUAAGAAAAUAACGGUGGGGAUUUCCAGAUUCCAGAAUGUUUUGUUUAGUUCUUGUACAAAGUGAGAGAACGGAGAGUGAAGCGCACUAGUGCACCUCACCAGGGUCGAUCUCAAACCGUAUUUCACAUUCUCCUUGCAAGCACCUUCAUGUUAUUCAUGUUUGUUUUGUAUACAAGAGAAGAGCUAAUGUAAGAAAAGGAAAAAAAAUAAUGCAAGAAAAAAUAGAAAAUAAUCACAUGCUGUAUCAUCUACGACAACAAGCAUUAUUUUGUAAAUCUUUUUUGAGGUAUUUUUGUCUUCAAUAAAGCACCUUUUUUCUGUG